AUGAAUGGAGCAGGCAAGUCGACAAUAGUGCGAGUACUGACUGGUCAGAUUCCUAUCGAGACCGGCAAAGUGGUUGUUCACAAUGCAGAUAUGUCUACAGAUCCAGACGAACUUCUAGGAAUGGUUGGAUACUGUCCGCAGAAUAAUGGGCUAUUGGAAUUCUUGAGUGGGAGACAAAAUUUACGAUUUUUUGCUGCCAUUCGCGGCGUUCCCAGGAAAUUUAUAGAGGAUGAAAUCGAUAAAUGGCUCGAUGUUUCUGAUUUAUUGGAAUUCGAGAAUAUAAAUAUCAAGAAUUGCGCCUGGGGUAUAAAACGUAAAGUGUGUCUCCUCCAAAGUAUCAUUGGGAAUCCUCCAGUAAUUAUGCUGGAUGCACCAGCCUCCGGAACGGACGUCAUUACUCGAAAUGCAUUAGUUGAAACUCUUCAUCAAGUGAAAGAAAUGGGCAGCACUUUGUGUUUAACGACCCACAGUACGGAGGAGGUUGAGGCUCUUUGUGACUAUCUGGGCAUUCUGGUUGAUGGAAAAAUAGUGACAACCGGAUCCGCCGAGGAGGUGAAGGACAGCUUUGGUGAUAAAAUAUUAAUGCAAAUUGUUCUGGAUCAGCAAGUAGGAGACGAGGCAGUUGAAGCUAUUAAGAUGUCCGUGGAACAGAUAUUUCCCUCAUUUGAAUUUAUUGAUCGAUACCUGCAUUGGUUGAAUUACGAGCUCACCGACAGAGUAUCCAAUGUCGAAAUUCAUGAGACUUUAGAGAAAUUAAAACGGGAUCACGUGAAUAUCAUUGAUUACUUCGUCAAUCAACAAUCCUUAGAUCAAGUAUUCCAUAAAUUGGCGAAGGUAGAGAAUGUCGUAAAAGUUGAUACAUCAUUGCUCCAACGAAUAUUUACAGAACUUCAAAAGGUGUUUUCCAAAAAAUGA